AUGACGUACGGUCACGUACAGCGCCUCAACUGGAUUGUCAGGUUUUUACAGCCAGGUGGCUCGUCAGGCCGCUAUGCCUCCACUGGAUCAUCAGCCUCCCAUGCCUCAGUGGGAUCGACAGGCCUCUAUGCCUCCACUGGAUCAUCGGCCUCCCAUGCCUCAGUGGGAUCGACAGGCCUCUAUGCCUCCACUGGAUCAUCGGCCUCCCAUGCCUCAGUGGGAUCGACAGGCCUCUAUGCCUCCACUGGAUCAUCGGCCUCCCAUGCCUCAGUGGGAUCGACAGGCCUCUAUGCCUCCACUGGAUCAUCGGCCUCCCAUGCCUCAGCGGGAUCGACAGGCCUUUAUGCCUUAACCAGAUCGUCAGGCUCCUAUGCCUCAGCCGGCUCGCCUGGCUCUCAUGCCUCUGCCGGUUCGUCAUGA